AUGGUCACGAUGCUAUGGUCACGAUGCUCUGCUCACGAUGCUCUGCUCACGAUGCUAUGGUCACGAUGCUAUGGUCACGAUGCUAUGGUCACGAUGCUCUGCUCACGAUGCUAUGCUCACGAUGCUCUGCUCACGAUGCUAUGGUCACGAUGCUAUGGUCACGAUGCUAUGGUCACGAUGCUAUGGUCACGAUGCUAUGGUCACGAUGCUAUGGUCACGAUGCUAUGGUCACGAUGCUAUGGUCACGAUGCUCUGCUCACGAUGCUCUGCUCACGAUGCUCUGCUCACGAUGCUCUGCUCACGAUGCUCUGCUCACGAUGCUAUGGUCACGAUGCUAUGGUCACGAUGCUAUGGUCACGAUGCUAUGCUCACGAUGCUAUGCUCACGAUGCUAUGCUCACGAUGCUAUGGUUACGAUGCUAUGGUCACGAUGCUAUGGUCACGAUGCUAUGGUCACGAUGCUAUGGUCACGAUGCUAUGGUCACGAUGCUAUGGUCACGAUGCUAUGGUCACGAUGCUAUGGUCACGAUGCUAUGCUCACGAUGCUAUGCUCACGAUGCUAUGCUCACGAUGCUAUGCUCACGAUGCUAUGCUCACGAUGCUAUGGUCACGAUGCUAUGGUCACGAUGCUAUGGUCACGAUGCUAUGGUCACGAUGCUAUGGUCACGAUGCUAUGGUCACGAUGCUCUGCUCACGAUGCUAUGGUCAUGAUGCUCUGCUCACGAUGCUCUGCUCACGAUGCUAUGCUCACGAUGCUAUGCUCACGAUGCUAUGCUCACGAUGCUAUGGUCACGAUGCUAUGGUCACGAUGCUAUGGUCACGAUGCUAUGGUCACGAUGCUAUGGUCACGAUGCUAUGGUCACGAUGCUAUGGUCACGAUGCUAUGGUCACGAUGCUAUGGUCACGAUGCUAUGGUCACGAUGCUAUGGUCACGAUGCUAUGGUCACGAUGCUAUGGUCACGAUGCUAUGGUCACGAUGCUAUGGUCACGAUGCUCACGAUGCUAUGCUCACGAUGCUAUGGUCACGAUGCUAUGGUCACGAUGCUAUGGUCACGAUGCUAUGGUCACGAUGCUAUGGUCACGAUGCUAUGGUCACGAUGCUAUGGUCACGAUGCUAUGGUCACGAUGCUAUGGUCACGAUGCUCUGCUCACGAUGCUAUGCUCACGAUGCUAUGCUCACGAUGCUAUGGUCACGAUGCUAUGGUCACGAUGCUAUGGUCACGAUGCUAUGGUCACGAUGCUAUGGUCACGAUGCUCACGAUGCUAUGCUCACGAUGCUAUGGUCACGAUGCUAUGGUCACGAUGCUAUGGUCACGAUGCGAUGAUCACGAUGCUAUGGUCACGAUGCUAUGGUCACGAUGCUCUGCUCACGAUGCUAUGGUCACGAUGCUAUGGUCACGAUGCUCUGCUCACGAUGCUAUGCUCACGAUGCUAUGCUCACGAUGCUAUGCUCACGAUGCUAUGGUCACGAUGCUAUGGUCACGAUGCUAUGGUCACGAUGCUAUGGUCACGAUGCUCUGCUCACGAUGCUAUGGUCAUGAUGCUCUGCUCACGAUGCUCUGCUCACGAUGCUAUGCUCACGAUGCUAUGCUCACGAUGCUAUGCUCACGAUGCUAUGGUCACGAUGCUAUGGUCACGAUGCUAUGGUCACGAUGCUAUGGUCACGAUGCUAUGGUCACGAUGCUAUGGUCACGAUGCUAUGGUCACGAUGCUAUGGUCACGAUGCUAUGGUCACGAUGCUAUGGUCACGAUGCUAUGGUCACGAUGCUAUGGUCACGAUGCUAUGGUCACGAUGCUAUGGUCACGAUGCUAUGGUCACGAUGCUCACGAUGCUAUGCUCACGAUGCUAUGGUCACGAUGCUAUGGUCACGAUGCUAUGGUCACGAUGCUAUGGUCACGAUGCUAUGGUCACGAUGCUAUGGUCACGAUGCUAUGGUCACGAUGCUAUGGUCACGAUGCUAUGGUCACGAUGCUCUGCUCACGAUGCUAUGCUCACGAUGCUAUGCUCACGAUGCUAUGGUCACGAUGCUAUGGUCACGAUGCUAUGGUCACGAUGCUAUGGUCACGAUGCUAUGGUCACGAUGCUCACGAUGCUAUGCUCACGAUGCUAUGGUCACGAUGCUAUGGUCACGAUGCUAUGAUGCUAUGGUCACGAUGCUAUGGUCACGAUGCUAUGGUCACGAUGCUCUGCUCACGAUGCUCUGGUCACGAUGCUCUGGUCACGAUGCUAUGGUCACGAUGCUAUGGCCACACGGCCAUGCUGCUGGGAGCAGCUAGAUAUUUAGCCGAGCAUCGCCCUUUCCAUGGUAAAAUCCACGUGGUGUUCCAACCCGCAGAGGAGGGCACGCCCACUCAGAACCAAUACGGGAGGGAGGGCGGGGGAGCACUGGCGAUGCUGGAGGAUGGGCUGCUGGAGAAAUACCCCGUGCGGGCUGCCUUUGGCAUGCACAACUGGCCAGGGUUACCAGUGGGGCGGUUCGCUAUUCAUUCAGGCCCAGUGAUGGCAGGGGUGGAUAACUUCCACAUCACGGUGGAGGGCACGGGCUGCCAUGCUGCCAUGCCACACCUGGCAGGGGGCAGUGACCCCGUGCUCGCUGCUGCUGCUCUGGUUACCAACCUGCAGGCGUUGGUGAGCAGGGUGGUGGAUCCACAUGACAGCGCUGUUGUGAGCGUCACGCAGAUACAUGCAGGGGACGCCUUCAACGUCAUCCCACCCUCCGCGGAGGUGAAGGGCACGCUGAGGACGUACCGGGGGGAGACAAGGGAGGCGAUGAUGCGCGGGAUAGAGCGCAUGGCACAUGGGGUCACUGCUGCUCAUGGCUGCACAGCCACAGUACGGUUCUGUGAUCACUUCCCCGCCACCAUCAACACGCCCAGGGAGGCACAGGAGGCGGCAGCCGCAGCACGUGCAGUGGUGGGAACAGCUUUAGUGGACCUGGACUCGCGCGCGCCCUCCAUGGACGCUGAGGACUUUGGAUACAUCCUGGAGAGAGUGCCGGGCUGUUACCUGUGGAUUGGCAAUGGCCUGACAGAAGGAGGCUGCAUGCUCCACAACCCCUUGUACGAUUUCAAUGACGACAUUCUUGCACUCGGGGCGAGCUACUGGGAUAUCAAUGUACCGAUCUUAACCCAACAACAAUACCGGCUGCUGGGUGUGCGAGUCAGCCAGCAUAACGUUUGCGCCAACCAGGAUUCUCGUGAUUCGUUGCCUCGUCACCCGAGCUUCCCACGUUCGCGGGCCGCCAUGGCCUCUCAGUUAGCCUGGCGGGCGGCUGCCACGUCGGCGCGUCGCGGCUUGAGAGAAGGCCAGCGUGUCGUGGCUUUGAUGACGUCAUCUUCUCCUGUCCCUGGUGUGAACGACGUCACCUCAGGAUCUCCGCGUACCUCGAGAGUAUCUGGACCGUUCGAUCACAUCGAUCUGUCCCCAUUACAAACAGUCGAUCAAACCCAUCAAUUCCCUCCGCCAUCAGUCAUGCUGACGUCAUCCGUUCCGCUCCGCCAUCCCCUUACCGGUUCCAUCUCCGCGCGCAUCCCUUGCGCCGAUGCGAUCGCUGGGGGCUUCAAUGCGCUCAGAUCGCUGCCACGUGGCACUGCGCCAUUCCACUCCGCCGCGCGCCCAGUCGCAACAACAGCCAGCGCGGAUCAGAAUGCGGGCGGCGGUGGCGGGGGGACGGGGGGAGGCGGAGCGGAGGGGGGGGCAGAGGGGAGGGGCGGAAGGAGGAGGACGGGGAAUGGCGGCAGUGGAUCCAGCAGGCACUCUUUAGUGAGGGACGGCGAGGGGGGAGGCAAGGGGCGUGAGCAGCAGGCACGCGCAGCAGUAGCCAAGCUAAGCAGGCAAUCAGCAGCGGCCCAGUCCCCCUCCGCCUCCCCUUCCCCCCACCGCUUCUCCCCUCGCUCCUCCGCCCCUCCUUCCUUUUCCUCGUCCUCCUCUUCCCUAUCUUCCCAAGAUUUCGAUGAGUUAGAGGCGUUGAUAGGGCCUGAGGACGAGGAAGAGGAGAGGAGGGAAGGGGGGAGAGGAGGGGGAGAGAGCAGGGGAGCGAGGAGCGUGGGAGGGAUCGAAGGGAGAGGAGGGGUAGCGGAGGAAGGGGAAGGGGGCUAUGGAAGAGGGGGGCGCGCAUUGGGGUACGGGGGCCGGAUUGGAGGGGGGAGGAGCUGGGGAGAGGGGGAGGAGUGGGGAGGACGGGCAGGAGGAAGCGGGGAAGGGGCAAGGGGGAGGUACGGGGGAGUGGGGGAAGCGGGGGGCGCAGCCGGAGGGGUGGGCAGCUGGGGGGCCGGGGGCGGGGGGAUGGGUGGGGGGAUGGGCGGGGGGGCGUGGCAGGGGGUGGCGGAGGUGGAGGCGGAGAUGGUGCUGUCAGACCGAGCAAUGAGGGCGGUGAGAGAGGUGGACCUGGAGGAGGGCGAGGAGAGCUUUCAGUUCCGCCCCGACCGCAUCUACUACCCCGGACAGACCUACUCUGCUGAGGAGCUGGACAUAUCCCAGCCGCUCCCAGACGGCACGGGGGACUUGCGACGCAAGCUGCCUGUCCCCACCACCAAGGAGACUCUGCGCGCUGCUGACUUCCGGAACGUGCGCUUCCUGUCGCAAUUCAUCUCUGAAACGGGCAAGAUCAAACCCAGAAACAAGACUCGGCUGUCUGCCAAGGCGCAGCGUCGCGUGGCUCGGGAGAUCCGAACCGCACGAGUCUUUGGGCUCAUGCCAUUCACGCAGGCGGGCCGGCCGCCAUUUAGGUUCGGCAAGGGCCCGAACCUGGAAUCAGGAGAGCCGGAGGAGGAGCUUGAACUGGCAGCGGCAGUUGAUGAUGUGAAGGAGCUCAAGGCCAUGGCUGGGAGGUAG